UGACGUGUGUAGUCACAUUCCAGGAAGACGGCCGCUGAGGCUGCAGUCAUGUCCGCGGCCUGGAAGAUGUGGCAGAAUGUGAGGCAGCUGCUGCGGGCUGGUGCUCUGCGGGACACAUGCCGCCAGUACCCGCUGCUGUGCUUUAUCCUCAUCGUCCUCUCACUGUCCACCGUCCUGCUCCUCAGAUACCUCCAUAUUCUUAUGAUCUUCUGGUCUUUCCUUGCUGGAGUUGUCACAUUAUAUUGCACUCUGGAACCUGAAUCACUCCUUCCGAAUAUUCUUUUCAAUAUAAAACAUAAGCCCAAGCAGACAGAACUACAAGAGCUCUUCCCACAAGGCCAUAGCUGUGCGGUGUGUGGUAAAGUUAAGUGCAAAAGACAUAGACCAACUCUGCAGCUGGAGAACUAUCAGCCAUGGCUGGACUUGAAGGUUCCUUCCAAAGUUGAUGCAUCACUCUCUGAGGUUUUUGAACUCGUGCUGGAAAACUUUGUUUACCCCUGGUAUCGUGACAUAACAGAAGAUGAAUCUUCCGUGGAUGAACUGAGGUUGACAUUGAGAUUCUUUGCAUCAGUUCUUGUGCGAAGGAUACAGAAGGUGGAUAUUCCAUCUAUUAUAACAAGGAAACUAUUGAAAGCUGCUAUGAAACAUAUUGAAAUCAUUUCAAAAGCCAGACAGAAAGUAAAAAACUCUGAGUAUCUCCAGCUAGCCGCACUAGAGGAGUAUGGACCUGAUCUUCAUGUUGCAUUGAGAAGUCGCAGAGAUGAACUUUGCUACCUCCGAAAACUCACUGAACUUCUAUUUCCAUUUAUUCUACCACCAAAAGCAACAGAUAGCAGGCCUCUGACAUUGCUUCUGAGAGAGAUUCUUUCUGGUUCGUUAUUGCUCCCCUCAAUGGACUUCUUGGCUGAUCCAGAUAAUGUUAAUCGCUUACUACUCAUCUUCAUCGAUAAUAGUCCUCCUGAAGAAGCCACAGAGCCAACCUCCACUUUGGUACCAUUCCUUCAAAAAUUUGCAGAGCCUAAAAACAAGAAUCCUUCGGUUCUGAAACUAGAAUUGAAGGAGAUCAGAGCAGAGCAGGAUCUUCUUUUCCGCUUUAUGAGUUUUCUGAAACAAGAGGGAGCUGUACACGUUUUACAGUUUUGCUUGACAGUCGAGGAGUUUAAUGACAAGAUUUUAAAGCCUGAGCUGUCUGAGGAGGAAUUGCUUGAUCUUCAUAAAGAAGUUAAGAAGAUCUUUCUUACAUAUUGCUUGGAAGAAAGCAUUGAUAAAAUCAGAUUUGACUCUUUCAUCGUGGACGAAAUCCAAAGAAUUGCAGAAGGCCCCUACAAAGAAGUGGUGAAGCUUCAAACUAUGAGAUGCCUGUUUGAAGCCUAUGAGCACGUCCUCUCCCUCCUUGAGAAUGUUUUCACGCCUAUGUUUUGUCACAGUGAUGAGUAUUUUGGACAGUUGCUUGAAGGUGCAGAAUCCCCUACACGCAACUCAAAAUUCAACAGAAAUAGCCUCUGUUUGGAUGAUAUACGGACAACAAAGAGAGGAGGCGAGUCCUCAGGAAUUGGGAGGAUUGGCAGCAGGAUAAAAGGCGUAUUUAAGAGCACAACGAUGGAGGGAGCAAUGUUGCCUAAUUAUGGGAUGGCAGAGGGAGAUGAGAAUGCAAUUGAAGAAGGCAUCAUGGUAUUAGAAGAUGAUUCUCCUGUGGAGGUUCUCACCGCAACCACUCCGAACACACCUCGUAAUCUCUCUGCAUGGAAUAUCAGCAUUCCAUUUGUAGAUUUCUUUGAAGAUGCGUGUCCUGAAAAGAGAGAUAAAAAAGAGAGAAUUCCAGUGUUUUGUAUAGACGUAGAGAGAAAUGACAGAAAAGCAGUUGGACAUGACACUGAACGCUGGUCCGUCUACAGGAAAUAUAUAGAAUUUUAUGUUUUAGAGUCAAAACUCACAGAGUUUCAUGGGACCUUUCCAGAUACCCAACUUCCAUCAAAAAGGAUCAUUGGGCCCAAAAACUAUGAAUUUCUAAAAUCCAAAAGGGAAGAAUUUCAGGAAUAUUUACAGAAACUGCUGCAGCAUCCGGAGCUGAGUAAUAGCCAAUUAUUAGCAGAUUUUUUGUCACCUAACAGUUUGGAAACUCAGUUUCAUGACAAAAUCCUUCCAGAUGUCAACUUAGGCAAAAUGAUCAAGUCGGUUCCUGGCAAAUUAAUUAAAGAGAAAGGGCAACAUCUGGAGCCCUUCAUCAUGAAUUUCAUCAACUCUUGUGAAUCUCCAAAACCCAAACCAAGCAGACCUGAAUUAACAAUACUUAGUCCUACUUCAGAAAAUGCCAAAAAGCUUUUCAAUGAUUUGUUCAAGAACAACGCCAACCGCUCUGAAAAUAUAGAGAGAAGGCAUAACCAGAAUUGUUUCAUGGAGGUUAUGACUGUUGAGGGUGUCUAUGACUAUCUAAUGUAUGUAGGACGUGUUGUCUUCCACAUUUCUGAUUGGUUUCAUCACCUUUUAAUGGGAGGUCGAAUCCUUUUUAAAAACACCCUUGAGACCUACACAGACCACUACUUGCAAUGUAAACUUGAACAUCUUUGUCAGGAACAUCGGCUGGUUUCACUAAUUACACGUCUUAGAGAUGCUGUGUUUUGUGAAACCACUGAACCACGAUCUACAGCGGCAAAGCAGAAACGGGCAAAACAGACCUUUGAGGAAAUGAUGGUGUACAUUCCAGAUUUAAUAAGCAAAUGUAUCGGGGAAGAAGCCAAGUUUGAAGGCAUUCGAUUAUUAUUUGAUGGCUUACAGCAUCCUGUCCUCAACAAGCAGCUGUCUUAUGUUCUACUAGAUAUUGUUCUGCUUGAGAUAUUCCCAGAGCUUGGAAAGCCUCAGAAGGAGCUGUCCUCUUUGCCCGCGUGGAUGUGACACAUUUGGAACUUCUUACACUUCCCUUUGGUUGUUUUUUUGGCUGGGAAUCCAAAAACCUCAGCUUUUUCCUACCACUUGACCUAGACCAGCACAAUGAGUUAAUAAGUAUUGAGGUCAGUCAAAACUCAGAAAAUGUAACAAGCGCAGCCUGGCGGUUGAUCUAUCAGUGAAAGAAGUUUGAUUCCCGCUUUUAAAAUGAAACAAACUGUGAAAAGUUAAGAAAACACUCCAAUAAUGUG